AUUAGCUGUAGGUAUAUAUAACCCUGUCGACAAAUCAAAUAAAUUUAUAUAUUGUUUAAACAAUUAGUGUUGACAACUGUUUAAAUUAAAAAUAUUUAAAAAAAUGAGUGUAAUUUUAAAAAGUCCAUUGCGUCUUGUUGGCACAGCAAAAUAUGCUACAAAUAAUUUAACACAGUAUCUUCGAGCCCAGGAGCCUCCGAAUAAUAGUUUUAUUUUAUUGACAUCACAUUCACCAUCAGAUUAUCGAUCGGUAACAUUCCAUCAUACUCAAGCUAAGAUAAAAUCAAAGAAUUUUUGGGAAUGGAUGAGAGUUUCUGCAAAUAAAAUAUUUACUCCGAAAUUACCUUAUAAAAAUGAAACAUCAUCAACAAUACUUGGAAACUUCUUCGUAAAACAAAGUAGUGGUACAAUUGAAUUAAUCACCAAUAAUAAACGUCAAAAAAACUUUAUUUUUCCUGCCGUAUUUACAGCUAAAUAUAACGGAGAAUUGAUUGCAGUUGAAAGCGAUACAAUUGCUAGUGAAGAAAAAGGACCAAUAUCAUUUCGAGCUGGUGGAUUAAAUCUAUUACUUGAUGGUGAUAAAUUAAAAUUUAAAGUUAAAGAUAGUGAUGAAACUUUUAUCUUGAAUCACGCAGUUCACAUUACAGCUUUAAAAAAACCAACUCAAAUCCUAAAAGGUGGUGGUAUAAAAAUCUUACCAUCAGCACAUAUUGAUGAUGUGACAGCUUAUGAUGCCGAAUUAACAUUGAAAACACCAAAAAACGAAGAACAUCGUACUUAUAAAACUCAUUGUCAUCGAACACCUCCUGAACAAUGGGACGGUUUUGGUGUUUAUGGGCUAAUGCAUACAAUAGGAAACACAAAAAAAACUGCAGCUGAAUUAUAUGCUGCUGCUGCUGCUGCUGCUGAUUAUCCAGGCAGAGUAAAAUUACAAUUUCCAAUGGAUUUGUCACUUCAAGGAUUUAAACAUAUAAUAAAAGUCAAAGAAACAGGUGAAACUUUUAGAGUGUGUCAUACAGUUAAUAUUAAAGCUUUAAAAGAAUCUGACGAUAAAAUAAAAAACAAGGAAUCAAAAAAUCCGAAAAUUGAUGUAUUAAUUCAAAGCGGGGAUAUCAACUUGCACAGUUUAGAUGGUGCUUAUCGAGGAUUGCACCUGCGAUAUGAAGUAUCAAUUAAAUUAAAUGAUAAUGAAAUAUGUAUCACUCCAAUCACAAAACAGAAAUUUGAUGUAGAGAAACAUUUUAUAAACAUAUAA